AUGGAAGCACAGUUAUCAAAUAGCAUGAGGAAUGAUCAAGAGAUGAUCCUCGACACGAGCAAGAGAAGCACGUCAACGCUGCAAAGAAGCAAAAUCGAGCCCACAAAAAGUUUCAAGUUCCUGUCAUCUUCCGCAGAAGAAGAAGCAUCUCUUGCUCACUAUGAAACAAGAGCAGUGCGAUGCCUCCGUCUUGUAGUUUUGAUCGUGCUGGUGAUUGCUGCAACUGUUGUUGGCGUGUUGGCCUACGAUUAUGCUCUAGAGGAAGAAAUCAAGGAGUUUGAACGCAACUUUGAAGCCAACGCGUUCAAGCUAGUCGAAUCCUUCCACAACGCCAUUGAUUACAGGUUGGGAGCUUUCAACUCAUUUGCGAAUGCGUUGACAUCGUAUUCCAUUGAGACUGGAAAUGAUUUUCCAUUUGUGACGCUUCCCGACUUUUCUAUUCGAGGAGCGGACACGAGAAUUCUGUCUGGGGCUCACGUCUUUCACUGGCUUCCGCUUGUUUCGGAUGCGGAUCGAGAGAGAUGGGAAGAGUAUGCUUUCGAAGAGAGGGGACAAAUAGACAAGGAAUUUCAACUCGAUAGACAACAGCGUACGCAGCAAGACAAGGAUUUUGCGGAUGUCGCUGCCGAUGGCAAUGUUAGAUUUCUUCAGAAUAAUAAGCAGGAAGAAGAAGACGCUGAUGGUUCAGAGGAAGCAACAGAGGAAAUACCUGCUCCAAGAAACAACACCGUUGUAGAUGAUGGGUCGGGUUACCACAUGAAGAUAUUUAGCAAUGGAGCUUUGGAGCCUCAAGGUGAUCAGCCCAAUAAUACCGGACCAUAUCUUCCGAUUUGGCAGAGGAGCCCUGUAAGCGGUGCAAAGCAGAGAAUUCUAAACUUAGACUUCUCCAGGACGAACGCUUUGAAAGGGGUCUUGCCCAUUGUGCAGAGGAGCAAUGAGGCAGUCCUCAACUGGGCGAUCGUGCCAAUUCCAAGUGGGAGAGCCCAGCUUGAGGCAUCCCUUAAAAUUUCACAAUUCCGCAAUGACGUGGAAGCGUACUUGAAUGAUCCAGCUAGCUUUUUGACAUACCCAGUCUUUGACGGAUUCACGAAAAAUAGGACAUUGGCUGGUGUCCUUGUUGCGCCACUCUAUUGGAGUCUCAUUCUACAAAACUCUGUUACAUCAGUAGAGGGGAUCUUCUGCGUCAUUGAAAACUCGUUCAAUCAGACCUUCACUUACCAAAUUGACAGCGCGUCGGUAGAAUUCCUUGGAAUGGAUGACCUACAUGACGAAAGCUUUGACUAUCUUGAACUUUCUGCUGAUGUGAACAGGUACCUUCGACGUCACGCUGCUCCCUCCUCUCGCGCCUACACCACAGUGCCACUCAACGAAGACUUUGGGCAAUACAAAAUCCGAGUAUAUGCAUCUGCUGUGACCAAGGAUGCAUUUACAACGAAUCGCCCAUUGGUGUUCUUGACCGUCGUUCUCGCUGCCUUUCUGUUCACAUCUAUUGUGUUUUUGCUCUUUGUGUACGUUGUCGAGCAACGUCAACAAUUGGUGCUGCAAAUUGCCAUUGAUAAUGCUGAAAAGGCUGCCGAGACGGAACGCGAGCUCAACGAGUUCUUGUCGCAUGAGGUGCGGAACCCACUGGCCGCGGCUAUGGUCAGUAUGCAGUUUGUGGCAUCUGCAGCAGACGACCUGGCCAAGGAAGUAGAGUCCAAGCAUGGGGCACCAGAGUUUGAACGAACUCUGAGCAAAAAAGGGGAAACGCUCAAGGCACUCAAGGAGGAUAUCAACAUCGUCGAUGUCUGCUUGACUUUUAUCAAUGACUUUCUGAGAAGCAUGCUUGACAUGCACCGAGCCAAUGCUGACAAGCUACAACUGAAAGCUAGUCCUAUCGAUAUUAAGACUUGCAUUUUCGAGCCUAUUAAUACAAUGGUUCGAUCUCGAGAUGCCGACUAUGAAUUCAUUGUGGACUGCCCAGAUGAUUUGAUUGUCAUGACAGACAGCUUGAGACUCAAACAAAUUGUUUUGAAUCUGGUUCGGAAUUCGGCCAAGUUCAUUCACCAUGGUUUCAUCCGUCUUCGUGCCGAUGUCAGAAACGGGAUGGUUUGUUUGUAUGUUGAAGAUUCUGGUCCUGGAAUACCGCUAGAGAAACGCCAAGCACUCUUUCAGAAAUUCCAAAGCAGCCUUGAUAUGUUGAGUCAAGGAACUGGGGUUGGGCUUUGCUUAUGCAAGAGCCUUAUUGAUGCAAUGGGAGGUGAAAUAUCGUUGGACGACUCGUUCCAAAGCGGAGUGGUGGGCAGCCCUGGAGUGAGCUUUGUGAUUGCUCUGAACCAACCGCAGGUGCGGCUUGAAUCAUUUGAAAAGCAGGACGAAAAAGGAACCAAAGACAGUGUAGUGUAUGAAAUCGAAACGCGACAAUUUGAAGAAGCGGCAUCUGAGGCUUUAAUCGUUGCAAAUGAAAAGCCCAACGAGCUGGCUCCAACUGCGCUUCCGGAGUCCUUGAAAGUUCUUUUUGUUGAUGACGACAACAUGGUUCGGAAGCUCUUUGCUAGGGCCGUGAAGAGGGUUGCCCCGGGCUGGAACGUUCAGGAAGCUGCGAAUGGGGAAACUGCUUUGAGACUGGUUGAGGCAGACGAGUUCGAUUUGAUUUUCAUGGACAUGUAUAUGGCGUCUGUCAACAAACAAUUGUUGGGCACUGUGACACACAAUUUUAAAACUGUGCAGUUUUAA